AUGACGAAGCUGGUAAAAAGAAGGGGUUAUAAGGAAGAACGCACUGAUAAAGAUAAGGAAGAAUCAACCGUUGAUAAGGGAGAAGACUUUGCUCACGAAACUAAUUCUCCUCCAAUGAACUCUCCUCAAAGGAACUCUCCUCCAAGGAUGAACAAGCACAUUCAUUUUUCAACUACAUCUUCUUCCUCUUCCACUGCUGAUGAUUCUAUAUUACUUGAAUUGACCACUUAUAUUGUGGAAACUACUAAGCCAAUGAUCCAAGAAGUCAAUUUUCCGAAGUCAGCGUCUCCUCCUCAUCAAGUUGAUAUAGUAGCCUCUGUGUCCACACCCAUUACUACUGCUACUUUUCAUCAAGGUGAUUAG